UAAUAGAAUUUUUGGUUUUUAUGUCUCUUUUUUCUUUCUCUCUCCUCUUCUUCUUUUUCAAAACCCUAACUCUAUCGCUCCGAUUCCGUUUCAGCCUCGAAAAUACAUCUUUCUCUCUCCUUUCUCCCAACGAUUCACAUUUCGCUGCGAUUCUUCCUCUAAUCACUGUUCUCCCUCUGCAUUUACAGGAACACAUUGCUUUUCAAGAUGUCUCCAGCGUCUAAAUCUAAAGCAAAAGACAAAAAGGCUAGCAAGGAAUCUCAGAAGGCAUCUACAAAGCCUUUGGUACCUGCUAGUUCUGGUAGUGGUAUCCCAGCAAGUGCAUACAAUCCGAUUUUGGGAACAUUUCACACUCUUGAGUUGUUACCAACAUCUACUGUGGCAUCUCUUCAGACUAAUGGUCGUUUCCGAAACAUAGAUGAGUCAGAUGAUCAUUCAGGGAGCUCUCUUGCAGUUGGAGUUGAGUAUGAUUCUGUCUCCAACAAUGGCAGUUGGUCUGGUGAAUCAGAAGAUCACAAAGAUAAGGCAUCUAAUCUUCCUGCCCGGCAGGAUAUAAUACCUGGAGCUGACAAUGACAAACGAGAAAAAAUACGUCAGAAGAAUGAGAAAAAGCAUCAGCGUCAAAAGGAGAGGCGAGCUCUAGAAUUGCAUGAGCGAUGCAGUGGUUAUCUUAUGUCAAGAAAGCUUGAAGCACUUGCCCAACAACUUGUGGCCAUGGGAUUUUCACAAGAACGUGCAACAAUGGCUCUAAUACUGAAUGAAGGUAGAGUAGAAGAAUCAGUUAACUGGCUUUUUGAAGGUGGUGAAGAAGCUGAUAAGUUCAGGGAUCAAAACCUUGGUGGGAGUAAUUUGAAAAUCGACAUAUCAGAAGAGCUUGCUCGGAUUGCAGAUAUGGAAACGAGGUACAGGUGCUCAAAACAAGAGGUUGAAAGAGCUAUUGUUGCUUGUGAAGGUGAUCUUGAGAAGGCUGCAGAAAGCUUAAGAGUAUCAAAGCAAGACCCACCUUCUGCACCACCUAAGCCAGAAGAAACUGGUGAUCCUCCAACCAUCAGUAAUGGCAAGCUUUCACUUGCAGUUAGUCAGAAUUUGAGGCUUCAAGCAAAAUCUAUUCCUCCACACUCAUUACAACAAAGAAAAGAUGAAAAAGAUUUUAAUUACACCAAGCAAACAGUAACAGUGUUAGGAUCUUCAGAGCCUGCGGGCAAACAUUUGCAACCUCUAAAGAGAGUUAAUCCUAAGUUGGAUUGGGCAAAACCUCAACAGCCAGCAUUACCAGCUGAUAAAAGGUGGCCAAAUGCAGCAUCAAAUCCUUCUGCAUCAUACUCUUUAGCAUCACCCUUGCAGGUGUCGUCUUCACCAGCCAAAGGCGAAAACCGGUAUGUAACUGUUGGACAUGAUAUAAAAAACCUACAUGCAGGGGCAGUCAGGGAACCUGUUAUUAUGAUGCAGCGUCCUCAGUCCCUCAAUACAAAGCAAGUUCAAGCUAGUAUGAGCUCAUCACUUCCUGGUACAGCUGGCAGUUGGUAUCCUACUAGUAAUGUAGAAGUUAUGAGGUCCAGUGGGUUUUUGCCACAAAUUCCUACUAGCACUGGAAGCCUCAGCCCGAACAAACUUAGCUCAAAUCAGAUGUACCACCAAUAUCAGUAUCAGCAGCAACAGCAACAGCAGCAUCAACAACUUGUUACAGGCAGUGGCCCAGGGGAUUCUCCUGCAACUAGCAGAGGGAAUGGUUUGUGGAGUAGCAGAGCAGGUACUUCCCCAACUCUAGCUGCAGCUUCUUCCCUUGGACUUUUUUCUGGGUUGGGUUCAGCUGGCUCUUCGGGGGCAUCUUCUCCAGUAGACUGGAAUACCGGUAGCUCAAUGCUGCAUUUAGACUACACCAGCAUAGACUGGACAUUGGAUCGAAAUAUGCCGUCAACAAGGUCGAAUGGGUUAUUGCUCGGGGUUGCCUCGUACAUGAACAAUGCCAACAUCUACGAGCCGAAAGCUUCUGGGUUGGCAGCUUCUCAGCCCGCGAUGAGAUCGGCUUCCUCUAAUGUGAAUGGUGUUUCCAUGGUGGGACUGCAGGAUGGUGGAGCUGCAAGUUCUGAAACAUCAGCCGCUGGUUCCAGAGACUGGACAUCGCCAUUUGAAGGGGAAGAUCUUUUUAGUUUACCCAGACAGUUUGUUUCUUCUCCUUCUCUUUAAGCAAGGAAAGUAAUUCAAUGAAUAAAUAAGAAAAAUGAGGAAAAAAAAAACAAAAAAAGACCCCAGAAAUGUGCGUGGAUUUGGUGUUGGUGUUGGUUCUUAUGAUGCUGCAGUGUUGAUUGUUGGUCCAUAACCUUCAGUGAAAAAGCAUCUAAAGUCCUUUGCUUUAUCUCUCUUUUCCGUUCGUUUUCAUCAUUUAAAAAAUGAAAAGAAAAAAAAAAGCUUAGGUGCUGGAAGUGAGGGAGAGAGCCUUAGAAAAUUAAAGACAAUAUUUUUAAACAAAUAAUAAUUUUAAAAUAAUUCAUCUAUUAACUAAUGCUUUCAGUCUAAUAAAUGGAAUAGACGAGGCUGCAAUUGAAAUGAAAGCUGCAACGAACAAAUUUAUAUCCUUUUCCCUAGAAAAUGGUCAAACUUAAAAUCCUACGUGAAUGUUUUAAUUUAACCUACAAAAAGUGGAGAUUUGCUUACGAUACUCGUUUAAUAAAUUGUCCCAUCAUCAUCACCACUAAAGUUAGUACGUGCUAUAUUAUGUUGACUUUAUUAUAGGUCAAACUAUUGUUUUUGAUUCUUGGAAAGGUGAAGCUAAAACAAUAAAUUAGAUUUUUCAGAUUCUAUAUUUUAUUUUAUUUAUUUAUUCUAUUACAUAGCGUACUUAAUGAAUGAUACAAUUUAGCAUUUUUCCAAAGAAAGGAUGUACUAUAAUUACUCGCCAGAUAAAAAAUCACGAGAGAAAUCGUCCAAAGGGCUACAAGCACUUGCUGAAGCAGGUUCUUUGUACCAUUCAUUUGCUUCUCGAGUCAGGAAGUUGGCCUCUG